AAAUGCCUGCCCCCACGACUAUAAAUAUCAACAAAAUUGUCUUUUUACAAACACGUCACACGAACGUCACGUGACAGGCAUUCAUCAGUGCGAGAAAAUUCUUGAAGUCACCAGCACAGUCAGCAGGUUACACGCAGUUCUCAUGGAUUGUCUGUCAUCAUUUACGCCUUGUAUUUCACAGUCGUAUGCGCCGGUGGGGUUCAUUCAACAUUUACAACCGCACCAAGUUAGUCCAAUUGUCUCAAGAUAGGAGUAGGUUGGAAUAUUGGAUGAGCUAAUAAGUCAAACCAUCACAAUGUUUAAGCGAAGUUAUGAAGAUGGCAUAGAACGAUCAAGAUUAACACUUAAAGAAGAAGGAGCAUCAAAAAGUGGAAUUACCCCAAUGUUGUACUCAGUUUGUUUUCUCUGUGUUUUUGGAUCAUCGCUCGUUCAUGGUUACAGCACUGGUGUCUUAAAUGCACCCGAGUUUACUAUUCAAGAUUUUUACAACAAGACAUUUACUGAAAGAUAUAACAAGUUGAUAUCAAUUUCUCUUCUCAAUUUUCUUUGGGCAUUUACAGUUUCUGUCUACCUUGCGGGUGGAAUGGUUGGAAUAUUUCUUGCGGGUUAUUUUGCUAACAGAUUUGGACGCCGAGGAGCUUUACAGUUCAGUCAUAUUUUUGCAGUUUUAGCUGCAGUCUUCUUCGGAAUCUCUCGACCACUUAAAGUUUUCGAACUUCUUAUCAUUGGUCGCUUCAUUAUUGGAUUCUCUGCAGGCAUAGGAAGUGGUGUGGUACCUAUGUAUCUUACUGAGAGUGCUGCAAAGCACAUUCGUGGAUCCCUAGGUGUUCUACAUCAGCUUGGUUUAACAAUUGGAAUAUUGCUGUCGCAGAUCUUGGGUCUUGAGGAAAUUUUAGGUGGUGUGGAUUUAUGGCCAGUGUUAUUGAUUUUCACUGCGUUUCCUGGUUUUAUUGUUUCAUUUCUUCUUCCUUUUGUAUCGGAGAGUCCACGUUUUCUUCUUAUUGUAAAGAAAGAUGAAAAGCGAGCUACUGAAGCGUUAAAGGCUUUUCGAGGGGAAGAUCAUGAUGUUAAAGAUGAUUUGCAAGAAAUGCGGGAAGAACAAAGACAACUACAAGAUGAACCUCCGUGGACGAUGAAGCAACUAUUCAAGGCUAAAAAACUUCGUUUUCCCUUUUGCUUCUUUGUGCCCUGCGUCGGACAGCAACUUUCUGGUAUUAAUGUCGUCUUCUAUUACUCAACUGGUAUUUUCAAAGAAGCUGGAAUCCCGGAUGAUUACCUUCGAUACGCAACUCUUGGAACUGGCGUCAUUAAUGUUGCCAUGACGAUUAUAACGGUUUAUCUUAUGGAGAAAUGUGGAAGACGACCAUUAUUGUUAUACGGUAUGAUUGGUAUGGGUAUAUCUGCUGGCAUCAUUACCAUUUGCUUAAAUGUAAAGCAUGUUGCUCCAGGAUUAUCGUAUCUUAGCUUCAUUUGUACAUUGACGUUUGUUGUGUCUUUUGCUAUCGGGCUUGGUCCCAUUCCCCUUUUUCUUGGUGGUGAAUUGUUUAAACAAGGUCCGCGUCCUGCCGCAAUGAGUUUUUCUGGAAUGUUAAACUGGUUAGCCAAUUUUCUUGUAGGACUUAGUUUUCCCUUCAUUUUGUCGGGAUUUAAAGCAUUUACGUUCAUUCCUUUCUUGGUUGUGGUGGUUAUUGGAGCGAUAAUUACCUUUAAAUAUGUGAAGGAAACAAAGAAUAAAACAUAUGAAGAAAUUGCUCAAAUUUAUUAUGGAAAUGAUGAACACAAAUCCUUGGAAAAUGGUGAAGUUGAAUUAAAGGAUUAAAAUUAGCUUGUUUAAAUUGGUAUUUUUUUACGUUCAGAGCAAGAAAUUUUGUUCUUUCUCACUUUUUGUAUGAAGAACGAUGUCGAUUACUAAGCAAAAGCGUUAUUUCAAGGGUUUUUUCUCAUAAGUUGGACAAGGGAAAAAUUGGGAAAAUACAAUUUAAACAAAAUCUAAAUGUAUAGCCUAAACGCUCAUCUAUUUUAACAAUAUUCCCUUUUCGCAAAUUGCAGAAAAAAUGGGAAUAAGUUCAGAUAUGCGCGCACUAUUAAAAUUUGUUUUUCUCCGUUUCAAUAUUAAAAUGUUAAUGAUUUUUGUAUAGUUAUGACCAAGAAUUGUUAAAAUUGUAUUUUUAUUACACACGAUUUAUUCAAAUCAAUUCAAACGAAAUUAUUUAAAUACGAAAUGAAUGUGAAAAUUACAGUAUAAAAAGGAAAA